GAUGAAUAGCGCUAUUUUCGGUUACUUAUUGCUGCUGAGUGCAUGCGCUUGCACUAAAUUGCCCCCCACUUUCAAAAAGUGCAACAGAAACCAAAAUGACCUCAACGAGUGCCUGUCGAAAGCCGUGAAAGACGCAAUCGAGCAAUUGAAUCGGCCUUUUCGGGACGUGGGUUUGCCAUCUAUGGAACCGCUGGAAAUUCCAGAACUGACCGUCGGAGCCGGAACGGGAGCUGUGGGAUUGGUGCAACAUUUCAAAAACAUGAAAGUGCACGGAUUCAGUAAACCGGAAACCACAAAAUUCGAGUUCGAUUUGGGUAAAAAAAUUGCUCUACUACAAUGCACUUUUGCCGAAGUCAAAACGGUGGCCGAGUAUGACGUUAAUGGGAAGAUUUUGGUGCUGCCGGUGUACGGUAAAGGGACAAGCACGAUAAAAAUGGAGAACGUAACAGGUACGGAAACGUUUAUUAUGGAAAAAUACGAAAAGAAAGGUCAGAAAUAUUUAAAAGUGGUUGAGGGUAAAUUGGUUUUAACACCCGGUUUGGUAAAAUUUAAGUUGGAAAAUUUGUUCGAUGGCGAUAAAACUUUGGGUGACAACAUCAACUCGGUUAUGAAUGAAAAUUGGAAAGAAGUUUUCGCUGAUGUAAAGAGCAGUUACGAAGAGGCAUACAGUCAAAUUGUGGAGACUAUAUUUAACAAUUUAUUGGCAAAAGUUCCGUAUGACGAACUUUUCGAAAAAUAA